UACACUCGCCAAGAUAGCGCUGCACUUCAACUUCUGGCUUAUCAGAGAAGUUGUUAUCAUUGGACCAGAAACAUGUCGAGAAAGUUUACAUUCUUGCUGUCCUCUUUUAGUUGUUUUGCCGCCAUUGAGGCCUCAUUCUUGGUGACCAUCAACCCUACAAGAGUAGAAACAGGCAUUACCCAUAAUGUGACAGUCACUUGCAGCUACUGGGGAGAGAGCUCUUUAAGUUCUCUUGAGAAGAUCACAAUGAUCCGCAUCUUGCACCAGAAAACGACGGAGCCUUUCUCUGUGGUGGCGGAGAUACGAGACAACGAGAACAACGUCCACACCUCCGGCCUGAAUUCCGGCGUCGUUGUGUCCGGUGCAAUCAAGACCCUUGAUGAUUCGUUCGUCGAGAUUCUAUGGCCCGUGGCCACACCUGAUCUCUAUGGUCACUAUCGGUGUGACGUAAUCGGCUUCUCGAUCACCCAAGACAUCAUCACGGAGAAGUCGCCCAUCGUGUCCAUCCUGGAGACGAACGUCACAGCCAACGACGUGCUGGAACUGUUGAUCAGGGAGAAGGAAGAAAUGAAGAGCUACUGCGAUGCCAGGGUGGCGGCUUCCGAAAGCAACUUCCAGACGCUGCUGAACAACCUGAGGAGGGAAGAGGCCAGCAACAAUGACAUCCUGGAGAACACGUUGAGGGGAGAGCUGUCUGCGCUGAGAGAGGAUGUCAACAGGCUGAUGGAGACCGGAGUCCUCCAGUACUGGCCUGAAGGCACGUAUGCUCUUCUAUCGCCUCAAGCAGGAUGCCCGAACAACGUUGGAGCCAUCUGGACAACAGGCUUAGUCAAGAUUCACACUGAGUCGACUGACCGGAAUUACGACCAGGUUUCAACAAAUUCCCAUCUUUUGGCUCCUGUCCUUGAAAGGGCCGGAACGAACAACUUCAUGUAUCAACACUUCUGUGUUUCAACCACUCUCUCCCCAGGAGCGGCUUGGCCGAAAGGAUCUUACUGUAUCAACCGCAAGGGAGAUAAAUGCCCGACUGGAUUCGAAACCGGAUCAAUCCAGUGGAACGAAGAAAGAACCGGCUCCGCGGGUGCCACCACAGGAGCUAUUCCUGACGGCACCUAUACAGCAGCUAUUGCCAAAAUAUUUUACUGCUGCCGCAACGACAGCGACCCUUUCCACCCCGUCUACCUCCCGAAAGCCCGCCCCUUCUACUUAUACAGAUUCAAGGGCACAUGCCAGGAUGUGGUGGGCAUGAAGGUCACUCCCGAGCUCAUGGUCUUCGACACGGACACCACUAAUGCUGAUGCCUAUGACAAUGACUGGCAUCCAGACGGUCAGAUCAACGAUGUCCACUUACUGCUGUGCUAUUACGAAGAACGAGUUUAGCCAAACAGAGGUCAGGGACUCAAUCUCUUUAUCCAAGGUUCUCACCAAAAAACUUUGAGACUCGUUUCAUUCAACAUUCCUUCCUUUCUUUUGUUAUUACAAUGUUAUAUCGAUAGUGAAUAAAGCAUUUUAUUACCUGAUA